AUGCAAGCAGAGGAUAAAGACACUACAGAAGGAGAAAGGAAAACAUUAAAGCAGCAAUUGCAAGAAAAUAGAGAAUAUCGAGAGAAACUAGAAACACAAAAUUCUUCAUAUAUCCUAGAUGAAGAAGGUGCAAAAUUCUAUGAAGAAUUGAGACAGAAGGAUCUUGAGAAGGAAAUGAGAAUAAAACAACAAGAGACAAUUGAACUCAAACGAUUCAAACAACUACAAGGGGCCAAAAGGAAAUCAGAUCAAUCGCCUACUUUAAAGACAUCUUCUGUUAAGAAAGCACAAAUAAACAAGAUACCGAGAAUUAUAGCUAAAGCGAAUCCCAAGAAGCUUGAGAGUGUACUUUCUUCUUCCCUAAAGAAGCCAGAAAUAUCAGAAAAUAGUAUAGGGAGCCAAGAAAACAUAAAACUAACCACACAGAACGAACCCGCAGGUACAAUAGUAAGUGGCUAUUCUUCAAGCGAAGAUGAAGAAGAGAAAUAUGAGGUUAAUUAUGGAGUUGUUACGUAA